AUGUCGAAGAUCACAGUCGCCGGAGUGCGCCAGAAUGUCGAUGAGCUGCUCAACUACUCUCUCAAUGAGAAGAAGCGUAACUUCCUUGAGACCGUUGAGCUCCAGAUCGGUCUGAAGAACUAUGACCCCCAGCGUGACAAGCGUUUCUCUGGCACCAUCAAGCUGCCUUCCGUCCCCCGCCCCGGCAUGUCCAUCUGCAUUAUCGGUGACCAGCACGAUCUCGACCGUGCCAAGCACCACGGCAUUGAUGCCAUGUCCACCGACGACUUGAAGAAGCUGAACAAGAACAAGAAGCUCAUCAAGAAGCUUGCUCGCAAGUACGAUGCCUUCCUUGCUUCCGAGGCUCUGAUCAAGCAGAUUCCCCGUCUCCUUGGUCCCGGUCUGUCCAAGGGUAAGUUCUCGUUCCGCAUGGUGGUUUCGGAAACCCCAGAAUCGUUCGGCAAUAUUGUAUCGAUACUAAUUCUCUUCAACUCUACAGCCGGCAAGUUCCCCACCCCCAUCUCUCACGCUGAUGACAUGGCCGUCAAGGUCACCGACGUCAAGUCCACCAUCAAGUUCCAGCUGAAGAAGGUUCUCUGCCUCGGUGUCGCUGUCGGCAACGUCGGCAUGACCCAGGAGGAGCUCGUCGCCAACCUGAUGCUCGCCAUCAACUACCUCGUCUCCCUCCUCAAGAAGGGCUGGCAGAACGUUGGCAGCCUUGUCGUCAAGGCUACCAUGUCCCCCCCCAAGCGCCUCUACUAG